GAGUGCAGAGCCAGCAGGCGGGAGGCUGGGCUGCUCCACCUGCUGCCUGUCGGUGCGGGUGCGUGCGGAGGAGCCGGAGGAGCAGCGGGGACAGAGGAUGGAGGCUGAGGAGUACAGAGAAAGAGGAAAGGAGAUGGUGGACUACAUCUGCCAGUACCUGAGCACUGUGAGGGAGAGGCGGGUGACUCCAGAUGUGCAGCCUGGCUACCUGCGAGCCCAGCUGCCCGAGAGCGCCCCUGAGGAGCCUGACAGCUGGGACAGCAUCUUUGAGGACAUUGAGCAAAUCAUCAUGCCUGGGGUGGUGCAUUGGCAGAGCCCCCACAUGCACGCCUACUUCCCGGCCCUCACCUCUUGGCCAUCCCUGCUGGGAGACAUGUUGGCUGAUGCCAUCAACUGCUUGGGUUUCACCUGGGCUUCCAGUCCUGCAUGCACGGAGCUGGAGAUGAAUGUCAUGGACUGGCUGGCGAAAAUGCUGGGACUCCCGGAACACUUCCUGCACCACCACCCUGGCAGCCAGGGGGGAGGUGUCCUGCAGAGCACGGUCAGUGAGUCAACCUUGGUAGCCUUGCUGGCAGCAAGGAAGAACAAAAUCCUGGAGAUGAAGACAUCUGAGCCCGAUGCUGACGAGUCCUCCCUGAACGCCCGACUUAUUGCCUACGCCUCUGACCAGGCCCAUUCCUCAGUGGAAAAGGCUGGUUUGAUUUCACUCGUGAAGAUGAGGUUUCUCCCUGUGGACGACAAUUUCUCCCUCCGAGGUGAAGCUCUUCAGAAAGCCAUGGAGGAGGACAAAGAGCGGGGCUUGGUGCCUGUCUUUGUCUGUGCAACACUAGGGACCACUGGGGUUUGUGCAUUUGACUGCCUGUCAGAGCUGGGCCCCCUCUGUGCCAAAGAGGGGCUGUGGCUCCACAUCGAUGCUGCCUAUGCAGGCACUGCCUUCCUGUGCCCCGAGUUCCGAGGCUUUCUGAAGGGUAUCGAGUAUGCCGAUUCCUUCACCUUUAAUCCUUCCAAGUGGAUGAUGGUGCACUUUGACUGUACUGGGUUCUGGGUCAAGGACAAGUAUAAGCUACAACAGACCUUCAGCGUGAACCCUGUCUACCUCAGGCAUGCCAACUCAGGGGCAGCCACCGACUUCAUGCACUGGCAGAUUCCCCUGAGCCGGCGGUUUCGCUCCAUUAAACUCUGGUUUGUGAUUCGGUCCUUCGGGGUGAAGAAUCUUCAGGCGCACGUCAGACAUGGUACUGAAAUGGCUAAAUAUUUUGAAUCUUUGGUCAGAAAUGACCCUUUCUUUGAAAUCCCUGCCAAGAGGCACCUUGGCCUGGUUGUUUUUCGGCUAAAGGGUCCUAAUUGUCUCACAGAAGGUGUGUUAAAGGAAAUAGCUAAAUCUGGCCAUCUCUUCCUCAUCCCGGCCACCAUCCAGGACAAGUUGAUCAUCCGUUUCACUGUGACAUCCCAGUUUACCACCAGGAAUGACAUCCUAAGAGACUGGAACAUCAUUCGAGAUGUGGCCACUCUCAUCCUGAGUCAGCACUGUACUUCCCAACCUGGCCCUCAGGUUGGGAGCCUCAUCCCCCAAACCAGGGGCUCCAGAGCCAUGGCCAGUGGAAUGUCCCUUCAGUCUGUCAACGGGGCAGGAGACGACCCUGCCCAGGCCAGGAAGAUCAUCAAGCAGCCUCAGCGUAUGGGAGCCAGUCCUAUCAGAAGGGAAGACAGCUGCCAUCUUGAAACCCUAGUGGACCCACUUGAUGACUACUUUUCAGAGGAGGCCCAGGAUGUCACCAAGCACAAGCUGUCCUCCUUCCUGUUUAGUUACUUGUCUGUGCAGAAUAAGAAGAAGACAGUACGUUCCCUCAGUUGCAACAGCGUGCCCAUGAGCGCUCAGAAGCCACUGCCUACAGAUGGCUCUGCAAAGAAUGGGGGCCCCUCUCGGGUUAGAAUCUUUUCCAGGUUUCCGGAAGAGAUGAUGAUGAUGAAGAAAAGUGCCUUCAAAAAACUUAUCAAGUUCUAUAGCGUCCCCAGCUUUCCAGAAUGCAGUCCUCAAUGUGGGUUCCAGCUGCCCUGCUGCCCUCUGCAGGCCUUGGUUUAA